GUCACAGUGGACGCCGUGCAGUCUGUCACUGACGCCACACCUGACCUCGCUGCGGCCUUGCGAGAGAUCCAGAGCCAGGACUCGAGAAUAGCCAGCCUGGAGAGCGCUAUGACCUCGCUCAACCUCCGGCUAGACGCCUUUGACAACACUCUGUUCUACAGCACUGUGAUGGAGAACAGAACCAAGUACAUGGUCUCCCGCCCCUUUCUGCUCAACACGGCCAUAGCUGAGUCUCUUUGCCAGCUGUACGGGGGGUACCUCGUGGAAAUCAACGACGGCCACGAGUACACUGUCGUGAAAAGGGUUCUCGAGGGCGCGAAGGCAAACGAUGACGUUCUUGUGGGAGUUACCGAUGAGUUCCAGGAAGGGGUUUGGCGUUACCGGGAACACAAGACUCAAACUGUGACGUUUUUGCUUUGGGACAACAGCAAGCCGGAGCCAGACGGCGGUGCCGCUGAAAACUGCGCCACUUUGGGGGCAGACGUGGGCUGGAAGCUCCAAGACAGGAAGUGUUACGAUAACACUGCGCAUGUCCGCUUCAUGUGCGAGGUAGAGAACGCAUGAUUUGAUGUCGUCAUCGCGUCAUCUUGAGGUCUCUGCCGUCAUAGAGUAAAGAGAUUUGAUCUUGUUAGAUUGACGGAUAUAUAGAAGGUGUCUGCCUUUGGAUUUGUUUGUUAGUUUGUUAGUUUGUUAGUUCAUUUUGAUUUAAUAAAAUUAUAUCCUGUUGUUUUUGUUUGUUUGGGGGGGGGGGGUUAAUUUUUUGGUGCUUUUUGUGUGGGUUUUUAAAAAGUUUUACUUCAUUUGAUUUGAUUUAAGCGUUUCACAAUGAAAUCAGAUUUAAAUCCACGUUUUAUACAUGCUAACCCAUUCAACGUAAACAAUCCCUUCAAAUACAUUUAUUCACCCGCAAGUAAGCUGACAAAGGACACAUACACAAAAGCACAUUCACUAUGACUACUGAUCGCAAUAAUUGCUGUUAGAAAAAAAAAUUCAAACUAAUCAGUAGGCGUACUAUGUGAUUUUAAUACAUGUGUUUUAGGUCAGAUUUAAAUUUGAUAAAAGUUGGCACCUCUCUUAAAUGAAGUGGUGGGAGGGAAUUCAACGCAGUGACAGCAGCUGUCGAAAAAGUCCUACUUCAUUUUUAAUUUUACAUACAGGACACAGUUUUGAGUUGUUGGGGGGGGGGGGUAUUAAUGUAUCGUAGAUUUCGAGAUGAAACAAGCUCAAGCAGAAAAUUAGAAAGAUGUCGUGAUACCAACACCAUCUAAAAAUAUUCUCAACCAUUGCAGCUGAAGAACAAAAGUCUGUCCCCGUGGUUUUAUGAACCCGCAUAAUUAAGCAAAAUUUGAUAAAUUUUUGCAUAAUUUCUGAUCAUUUUCCUUUAUCAUUUUUGUUAAAACUAACAGAAUUGCAUAAUUUCACAUUUUUGGGCUGGAUUUGCAUAUUUCAGAAUAUUUCUAGCAUAAAACGGCAGGGACAGAAAAGUUUUGAAGCUCCAAAAACAGUCUCAAAAUUGUAGACCCUUGUCCCAAGUGAACUGCAUAAUUUCAGUGUUUUGGAAACAUCCGACUUACCAGGUUUUUAUGUCAAAUCUAUCAAGUGACGUCAUAAAAUCAAUACUAGAGUCAAAUACUUAACU